GCACAUGUUAACGUGAUUUUUCGUUCGAGCCACAGCAACCAACCACGUGAAGGUGUAUGUGAAGUCCUUUUGGUUACCUUAAGGUCUUAUAUCCUCGCCCUCCCAUACACCACUGUUCUGGUUUGAUGAUGCUCAUAACCACCACCGCCGUUUUCCUUGCUACUCCAUUUGCUUCGCCAUCCAAUAGCUGCGAGACGAUACUUUUUCCGUCCUUCUGCCUGAUGCAAGCGCACAGCGUAGCUGCUCAUCCCAUGUCCAAUCCCUCUAUAGCUUUUGAGUCCCUCCGUAGUGAAAUAUCUGGCAGUGUUUCGAACAACACUCGCGGAAGACGCAAUGUUUUCACACUCUCGCUCUCCUUGGGCAACAUCUCCAUGGUUUGAGGAUGGUGAGACUCAUCACACUCUCCCUUCUCCGUGUCGUCCAUGGGCCAUGCCGUCCCCGAUCUUAUCGUUCUCACU